UUUUCUGAACGGGAAAAGGCGUUUGUUUGUUGUGUUACCUGUUAACAUUAGCUAAAGACAUGGCGGAAUACGCACACGUAAAAUCUACCAAACUGGUUUUAAAAGGUCAUAAUAAAGGGAAAAAGAAGAAAAACAAAGAUAAGAAAAGAAAAGCCACAGAUGAAGAGGAAAGGCUUGAUAUUGUUGGUGGCUGGUGGUCUGUAAGCAGCUUUGGAGAAAUUACAGGAACAGUUGCCAUAGAGAUGCAGAACAAGUCAUACAUCCAUGCCCUGGAUACCGGUCUCUUCACACUCGGUUCACCACACAAAGAUGAUGAAGGACCAGAUCCUCCCGAACAGUUUACUGCCAUCAAGCUCUCAGACACACGGAUAGCCUUGAAGUCUGGAUAUGGAAAGUACCUCGGCAUCAGCUCUGAGGGUGUGGUGAUGGGGCGCUCUGAUGCCAUUGGCUCCAGGGAACAAUGGGAACCAGUCUUCCAGGAUGGUAAAAUGGCUUUCCUGGCAGCAAAUAGCUGUUUCAUUUCCUACAGUGACAACGGGGACAUUGUGGCCAAGAGCAAGACAGCAGGGGAUGGCGAGAUGGUGAAGAUCCGAACUUGUGCAGAACGAGAGGUCAAGCGUAAAGAUGACAUUGCAGAUGAGGACAGGGGCAACGUGAAGUCCUGCGAGAUCAAUUAUGUGUGCGUAACCUCUGCUGUUUAUAAGCUGUGCUUAUGA